AUGGUGCCACGUGAUCCCUUCUACCGCAGGCCUAUCGAGGUGCUAAGCCUCCAUCCGGAUCCUUUCUGGGGCCUGCCGACGAGUAUCGUCGACUGGUGUGAGGCCAACUAUGCCCACACGCCUUAUGUUGCUGAGUUCUUCAACACUCUUACUGCCGUGCCAAUGGUGGCCGUUUCCGUUUGGGGGCUCUACCUCUGCGUGAGAUAUGGCCUGGAACUGCGCUUCUAUCUCUGUUGGGCCGGCAUUGGCGCCGUAGGCGUUGGCACGCUGGCUUUCCACGCAAUGCUCCAUCCAGUGGGGCAGGCAACGGAUGAGCUUGCAAUGAUUUGCGCCAGCAUGGUGUUUCUCUAUGUUGUGCUGGAAGCGGAUCACUUGGAAGCGAAGCGCUCGUGGCUGCCAGCCUUGCAGACUGCUUACGCCUUUGGCUUCGCUGUCGCCUACUUCACAUCGCCCUUCUUUUUCCCCUUCUUCGUGGCGGCCUACGGAUGCACAGUGCUGCUGAUCAUCUUCCAGGCCUACCAAGUCUACAAGCUCUAUGCUGCAGAGGACACGGCAGCUGCGAAGUGGCAGCGGCUGCUUUUCUGGGUUGCCGCCACGUUCUAUCCUGCCGCAUUCCUCUUCCUUUGGGUGCCGGAGAAUGCUUU